AUGUGGUCCAACAUCAGCACUGCCCCUUUUCUACUGACUGGCUUUCCAGGUCUGGAGAUAUUUUAUCCUUGGAUUUCCUUCUCCUUCUUUGUCAUUUAUGGGUUCGUCAUCCUUGGCAAUGGCACUCUCCUCUUCCUUAUCAGAGAGGACCGCACACUUCAUGAGCCUAUGUACUACUUUUUGGCUAUCCUGGCAGCCACAGACCUUGGAGUCACGUUGACGAUGCCCACCGUGCUUGGUGUUCUGUGGCUGGAUCACAGGGAGAUCAGCCAUGGGGCCUGCUGCUUUCAGGCCUAUCUGAUCCAUUCACUCUCCAUCGUGGAGUCGGGAGCCUUGCUCAUCAUGGCCUAUGAUCGAUUUAUUGCCAUCUGCAGUCCCCUGAUAUAUACUUCCAUUCUCACCAAUGCUAAGGUAGUGAAGAUAGGUCUGGGGAUUCUAAUGAGGGGAUUUAUACUGAUUGUGCCCAUAAUUGUUACUCUCUCUAGAUUCCCCUACUGCAGAUCCCGUGUCCUUUCCCAUGCUUUCUGCCUACACCAGGAUGUGAUCAAACUGGCCUGUGCUGACAUCACUUUCAACAGGAUCUAUCCUAUAGUCUUGGUCUCAUUAACUGGUUUCUUAGACUCAGUGCUUAUCCUUACCUCUUAUAUCCUAAUCCUUAAGACUGUCAUGGGAAUUGCCUCAGGUAAGGAGCAGGCUAAGGCUUUAAAUACCUGUGUGUCUCAUAUUAGCUGUGUUCUGGCUUUUUAUGUCACUGUUACAGGACUGACUCUCAUACAUCGAUUUGGUAAAUAUGUGCCACAUGUAGUUCAUAUUAUCAUGAGCUAUGUCUACUUCCUCUUCCCCCCACUUAUGAAUCCAAUAAUCUAUAGUAUUAAGACCAAGCAGAUACAGAAUGGUAUCAAUCGUCUUCUCUCUUUCCAUAGAAUUUGA